CGGCAGAGGCGAGCGGAGCAGGGCUCGGGGCUGAGGGGAGAGCGAGUCGGAGCUGCGGGAGGCAGGAGCGGCCAGGCCCCGCCAGCCGCAGGGCGCAGCAGCGGGAGGAGGAGGGGGCUCGCCAGCGGGUCGGUGCCCGGCGCCCCCCCCCCCGGGGAGCCGCCCCUGCCGGGUUCCCCCCCAGCCCGGAGGAGCCGGGGCUCUGACAGCCCGAGAGGAGGAGCCGGGCAGCCGGGGGCACCAUGUCCUCCCCCAGCCCGGGCAAGAGGCGGAUGGACACCGACGUGGUCAAGCUUAUUGAGAGCAAACAUGAAGUCACAAUCCUAGGAGGACUCAAUGAAUUUGUAGUGAAGUUUUAUGGACCACAAGGAACACCAUAUGAAGGUGGAGUGUGGAAAGUUAGAGUGGACCUUCCUGAUAAAUACCCUUUCAAAUCCCCAUCUAUAGGAUUCAUGAAUAAAAUUUUCCAUCCCAAUAUUGAUGAAGCGUCAGGAACUGUAUGUCUAGAUGUAAUUAAUCAAACUUGGACAGCUCUCUAUGAUCUUACCAAUAUAUUUGAGUCGUUCCUGCCCCAGUUGCUGGCCUAUCCUAACCCCAUAGAUCCUCUAAAUGGUGACGCUGCAGCCAUGUAUCUCCACCGACCGGAAGAAUACAAACAGAAAAUUAAAGAAUACAUUCAGAAAUAUGCAACAGAAGAAGCACUAAAAGAACAGGAAGAAGGUACCGGGGACAGCUCAUCAGAGAGCUCCAUGUCUGACUUCUCGGAAGAUGAGGCCCAGGAUAUGGAAUUGUAGUAGAAGAAGCAACCUGCUUUUCAGAGAGACUAUUAUUUCCUAACCAUGAGAAGCAGACUAUAAUAUUCAUAUUUAAACAAAGCAAUUUUUUUUAUUACUAAACAAGGUUUUUAUGAAUAAUAGCAUUGAUAUAUAUAUCACCCUUUAGAUCUUGAUUUCUUGGUCAUUUCUCAAACCCAAAGUGUAUAGCAUAUUCCCACAUUCCAUUUUGGUAGCAAUAUGCAACCCGAAUGCAUGCAUUCAUAAUUCCAUUUGGUCAAGUCAACUUGUGUGCUACUGAACCGGCAGCUCAAACAGCUGCUCUGAUAGGUAGGGACUUAAAGAUUUCCUUUUUAUCAGUGGUUCCACAGCUACCACCUCGGAUGAUAAAAUGGAACAGAGCUUUCGCAAAGUAAAAAGUCUAGGGGAUAAUGUAAGAACAUUUUUAGAUCAGACAUUGAAAUAAAAAGUGCUCCUUCAGGUCAAACUCGCUAUCAUAGUUUAUGUGGAGUUGCAUUUAAAAAGUGCACGGAGUUAUUCAGAGCAUCGAAGCUUAAAAAAAAUGACUUGGAUUUUAAGUACACUUUUAUAUUGGACUUCUGCCCACCCUCUGAACUGUAGGGACCUACAACCACUCAUCUAUUUGCUUUUGGGACUUUGGAAAGCCUUCAUCUGGACUUUACUCAUUUUCUUGGUCUGGAUUAUGAGCUGUUCCCUUUUUUCAGGGGGAAAAAACACAAUGCUACAUGAACAGUGCUUUAAUUUACCUGGAGCACAUACAAAGGCAAACUCUUUGUCAUAGUGAAACUGCUACCCUGUAAUAGCUUCAAGCUUUCCUUCUUCCUUGAAGUAUGAUCAAACACCUUGCAUACUCUCUCUCCAUCUCCUAAAAGAGGGUUCUCUGACCAGAUGGACUAGCCUUGCUGAGAGCUUCAGACCCAUGAAGAUUGACCCAUUGGCCAUAGUCUAUGAAUCCAUUGGCACAUUCUCUCUCCCAUUUUUGUUUUCCUGUUUUCCCUUCUGCAGCAGCUUGGUAGCCAUCUGCUUGUGUGUACAACAGACCAAACUAAAGUUUAACAAAGAAAUGCUCUAGGAAUAUUUGAUAAAAAUAAAAACCAUAAAUUGGGGAAACAAUUGAAUAAUAUUUUCAAGAAUUCUUCUGAAUUAAACAUUUGAUUUCAUCUGGUGUAUUUCAGCAUACUAAGUUUUUUUUUUAUUAUUUUUAUUUAAUGGUAAGAGAACCUAAUACAGUAAAUGCCUACCUGGGUUGCCAGUGAUACUUGAAUUUGGAUAAUUGUGCAUUUGAAAUCCUAACUAAAAUGGAUUUUAAAUCUGAAUGUUACUUGCUGUAUUCUUAGGGUCUUCUGAGGGGUUUGGAUAGACAGACAGAUACUUUAAUAUUUUUUGGUGAAACUUUCAGGACAGUAUGUGGAAUGAAUUCAACCCACGCUGAGUGACUCUUGAACAGAGAAUUUUGAAUGACAGACUGGAUUGAGUAAACACUUUUUUUCAUUGUCCCACAAAUGUUUUUCUUUUAGGAAUGCCACCAAGUUUUGAGUUGAUGGGGUUGAAAGAUACAAUCCUUUUUUAAUCCAUACAGCACAAUCAGUUUCUCCCCCCCCCCUUUUUUUUUUGAAAAAGCUAUAUGAAGUACAAUUUUGCUUUAGCAUGAUUAUUUUCCGUAAUAAAAACAACAUACAAAGGGUUUACUUAUUUUAUGUUAAUUACGGGCAUGAAGCAAAAAGUUUCUCUUUUUUUUAAUAAAAAAGCAGUAAUGUAGGACUGUGGUUAGUUACUGUGCUGAAGCUCUUUAUCUAGCAUUUGUGGCUUGUUGGAAGGGUAGUAUUAACUAUUUAACAUGUAAUGGUGUACUUUAACUCUUAUCUAGCACGCUGUUUUCUCAUUACUUUGGGGAGGGGGGCAGAACUGUGUUGGCACUGUUCAACUUGCUUACCUGCUGAACUAGCAGUUUGCUUGUGCUAUAACCUUUAACUGUAGGUGCUAUUUAGGGGUAGUCUAAGUGCUGGGUGGUGAUAUCAGUUUAAAAACAACAAAACAAUAAAAAUUUGUAUUUUUUCAAUAUUGUAUAAAAAUAGUGUUCUAAUGACCUCUAAUUUUUUUCCAGGUAACUGUAUUACUCUUCCCCCAGUCUAUUCAAUGACCAGGUUUAACACAGUGAACACUUUCAUGCAUCUCUCAUUUGAAGAAGCCAGUUUUCUAAUAAAAAGGUGUCCCGUCCUAAGCUUCCAAAAGAAUUACAGUUAGAGCUGAAAAUCUAAGGUAGACUCCUGGAAAAGUAAGCACGUUUUACUGCAUUGAUUUUCUAGGUUGUGAAGAUGCAGUUUGGCUUCUAUUAGUUGUCCAAGUUGCUCUGACUCCUCUGCACAUUACUUUGUGCAUACAGGCAGCUGAAGCAAGGUAUUUGUGGGUAUAGAUCUGGAACUUCUCCAGCAAGAUGGUUCCUUGGAUAUUAAUGGAGCUUUACACAAGAAACCUAUAGCAUUGCCUGCAGCAUGUCGAAAAGAUCAUCAUCUUGGUAUAUUUCAUGUUUGAUCAUUGUCCCCUGUAGUGAUUGCAGCAGGAAAGGAAGCCUACGGUAAAUUGUCAAAACACCUGCAGUUCAAAGGAAUAUGGCCUAGUGUAAAACUCUUGUAGGGAAUAAAUUCAAAUGGAUUUCCCUUCUUUCUAGACUGGAACAGCUGCAUAUUGCCUCAUUCUGCCCUUUCUCCCAUCUUUCACCUCCCUCCUCAUCUCAAACAAGAACCGUCUGUAAAUAAACUACACACCUCAAGACUGGAAGAGAAAAGUGGAAUCGUUCUGAAGCAGGAUGCCCAGUUUUUUUCAGUUCCAGUUUCUUUUGAAAUGCUAAUGUUCGUUUUUCUGAAAGAUCCACUGCCAUUCUCUUCCCUGUUCAGAUGACUGAAUCUCAAAGCAUCAGCCCAGGUGGAACUUAACAAGCCUACUCCAACAUGACUAGGUUUGAUCCACUGUAUGUAGAUUUGUGCUCUCAGUGAAUCCGUGAAUAUGAAAGCUUGUUAGUAACCUAUUCUGGUUGUUAUGGAAGUAGGCUCUUUGGCUUCACAUCUGAUAGCUUUUCACCUUGUUCUUGAGCUUGUGUGACUUAUACAAAUUGAGAAAUAUCAAAGCUGCCCCAGAUCUGCAGAGGCGUCUCAAGAAGCUACCUACAUUGCUAGGUUAAUCUUGAAUUUCAUCAGGCGCGUUUUCAACUCCUCUUUUAGGUUUCCAAGUGUAUUUUCUUGGUUCAUUUGACUUUCCAUAAUAAUUUUAGACUUUAAAAAUAAAAAUUAAGGAGGGAAGUCUUGGCAAAAGCUACUCUUAAGGGAGUGGCAUCUCGAUAUGAACUGAGUGGAAUAAUAAUGCUUUGUAAAUUAACUGGUAAUGUGUAAAGCCUCGGUCAGAGGAGGGGGAAAUGGAAGUUAAAUGCUAUUUCUGUUACCUCUAAUGUUCAAAUUGGCCACUUAGGUUUUUGGGAAUACUACCUAUGUAGUCACUUCUGUAAUCUCCCAUAUCCGUGUUUGAUCGCCACCCCCACAUUAUCUCCCUGCAAUGCACACACACCAGGGAGAUGGAGUCCCUUUUUCCCCAUAAGGGAUGAGAAAUUCUGUAACCUGUGCUGCAGUUGGGUUGCCCUGGCUUUUUUCCCCCCUCCCUGCAAGACUAAUCACAGGGCAUUCUGAUGUAAGUGGUAGCUCUCAGGUAUGCAAGGACUCCCCCCACCCCAACCGUGCACCUUUGAUGUCAGUUCCUAUACCACACCAUGCAGGGGGCAUUGAGGAGAGGGCAGGGAUGUUGGUUGGUUUUUCUUUUGCUUCUUUUUGCUCAUCUGAAUUCCGCUGGCACUUUAGCAGGAGCGUGUGCAGCAUGAGAAAUGGCCAUUAUUUUACUGACUGUAUUUGAUACCUGUUGUGUGAUACUUGAAGAGAUAAAGGGUGUUUUCCCUUCAUUUGAGUCUAAGCUUUUUUCUUUUCUUUUUUUCCCCUUUUUUCUUGCAUUGUGAUGAUGUAGUGGGCAUGCCUGUCACCAUGACAAAUGCCUCUUCUCUAAGAAUAUAACCUCUCAAAUAGUUGUGUAUAAUUAAAGAACUGUAAACUUUUUUAAAUAAAAGAUGUAUAUACCUUGA